AGUCUGGCCAGAGGGGCGGCGAGGGUCUCAGCCCGAGCCGGAGCCGAGGACCGUCCCCCGAAGAAAAGGCGGGGCUCUGAAGGCCCUGGAGGAGAACGCCAGAGAUGGACCUCGUGAGACUCACUCGGCUCUUCUCUGGCCCCCGCCCCCUAGCACUGUCCAUCCUACAGCACCUUGACCCUCUCGGAGCCAGAUGGGCAGGAGGCAGGGAGGGUCCCACCCGGGUGAGGGCCACAGGGCUGAUUCGGCCAGCGCCAGCAGCCUUCAGCAGCUCCCUCUCUCAGCUGUCUCUUGGCCAGGGAAGCCAGAACACAGGCAGCCUCAGCUCGAAACCAAGCCAGCCCAGCCCCACAGCCACCCAGGAGGAAGAGGAAGAGGAGAGUUUUGGGACUCUCUCCGACAAAUACUCCUCCCGGAGAAUGUUCCACAAAUCAACAGCCCAGUUGUAUAACCUACGGCUCAGGGAACAGAGUAUUGAAGAUGAGGAAGGGGAGCUGGAGCCAAAGUUGUGGCGGGGCCGGAGAAACACCCCUUACUGGUACUUCCUUCAGUGCAGACGCCUGAUCAAGGAAGGAAAGCUGGUUGAGGCCAUGGACCUGUUUGAGAGACAGAUGCUGAAGGAGGAGCAACUCCAGCCCCUCGAGUGCAACUACACGGUGCUGAUCGGGGGCUGUGGGCGGGCCGGCUACCUGAAGAAGGCCUUCAGGCUCUACAAUGACAUGAAGAAGCGGGACCUGGAGCCCUCAGACGCCACCUAUACAGCCCUGUUCAACGUCUGCGCUGAAUCUCCCUGGAAGGACUCGGCUCUGCAGAGCGCCCUGAAGCUACGGCAGCAGCUGCGGGCCAGAAACUACCAGCUCAACUUGAAAACAUACCAUGCCCUGCUGAAGGUGGCUGCCAUGUGUGCAGACCUCAGAAUGUGCCUGGAUGUGUUUAAGGAAAUCGUCCAGAAAGGGCAUUCUGUCACUGAGGAGACCUUCAGUUACCUGCUAAUGGGCUGCAUCCAGGACAAGGAGACAGGCUUCCGACGUGCUCUGCAGGUGUGGAGGCAGAUGCUGCAUCUGGGGCUUCAGCCCAGCCGGCACGGCUACAACCUGCUGUUGGGGGCAGCUCGGGACUGCGGCCUGGGGGACCCGGAGGUGGCCGCGGCCGUGCUUCUGAGGCCCAGGAAGGAGAUGGCCCUGUUGCAGCCCCUGGCAGGCAGGCAGCGGGCAAAGAGGAGAGCCCGGGCCGGGGCUGACAGCAGCACGUCGGCCAGGCUGCUUGUGGAGGCCCUGGAGAGGCAGUUGUUUUGGGAACCUUCUCAGGCACUUGAGGGGUCUCCGGAAAUUCAGGAGGCUGGGGCCCCCAGCAUGGCCCAACCUGGAGCGGAAACGAAGGCGGAGCCUGAUCACAGGGUGGCCCUCCCCUCUGUGGCCCCGGAACCUCCUCCCUGGGGGCUGAAGGCCAACCUUCUGACCAUGGGGGCGGUCCCCUCAGCGGUGGUGUCCUUUGGGACCGUGACCACCCCAGCCGACAGACUGGCCUUGAUGGGGGGCCUGGAGGGUUUCCUGGGCAAGAUGGCGGAGCACGGGCUUCGGCCCGACAUCAAGACCCUCACGCUGCUGGCUGAGGCGGUGGAGCCCGGGAGCCCCGCAGAGUCCUCGCUGCUGAGCGUCCUGGACACGCACCAGGUGGAGGCUGACGUGACCUUCUUCAACACACUGAUGAGGAAGAAGAGCAGGCGGGGUGAUCUGGAUGGGGCGAAGGCCCUGCUGCCAGUCCUGGCAAGGAGAGGAAUUAUCCCCAACUUGCAGACGUUCUGCAACCUGGCCAUCGGGUGCCACAGGCCAGCGGAUGGUCUGCAGCUGCUCACAGACAUGAAGAGAUCCCAGAUGACCCCCAACACCCACUUCUACAGCACCCUCAUCAACGCAGCCCUCAAGAAGCUGGACUACACCUAUCUUAUCGACAUCCUGAAGGACAUGAGGCGGGACAGAGUCCCGGUGAAUGAAGUGGUCAUCCGCCAGCUGGAGUUUGCCGCCCAGUACCCCCCCACCUUUGACCGGGUCUCGGCUUAGCUGGCUCUUUCUCCACGUGGCACUGUGCCUUUCCCCAGUUUUCCAGCCUGUAGUUAUGUGUGCACGUGUGUGACUCUCGCCUUGAGAUCAUCAGCCCCUGGAGGUGGAGACUGUCUCCCUUGCUCACAUGGGUCCCGAGUGCCUGCCCAUUGUCUGGUGCCCGGUGUAGACUGUCAAGUGAACGGGACGGCUGGGCAGUGAUGGAACCUGAUAUGUAACGGCCGUUCCUCUCCCUCAUUCUGAGGAGUCAGGGGUGGCUGUGCAGGGCUGUUUGAGUGCCAUUGUUAAGACUUAGAAUUAGGCUGCCAGGCAGAGGGCAUAGCUGGGCAUCUUUGAACAGUUGACUGUUAGUGUUGUCUUACUGAUUCCUCGGAGUUCUUUAUAUAUUCCGGAUGUCAGUCUUUUGUUGGUUCCAUGUUGCAAAUAACUUCUAGUUAGUUGUGUCCACUCUGUGUGGGGCCCACAGUCAACAGUCACCAAACUCCCAUCGGCUUGAAGCUGAUUGUGUUCAGUCACACACUCCUGCUCCCUUGUGGUGGGCUCAUUUCUGCUGGUGGUGGGCUCGUUUCUGCUUGCGAUAGUCGUUUUGCUUCCUGUACAUCGAGGCUGUAUUAGGUACAAGUUUAGAGGUGUUCGGUCUUUUGAAUCAACCCUUUUGUCAUCACGUGGUCUUUGUCAGACUUUUUUGGGUUUUUUGGUGUAUUCCUCUACCCUCUUUCUCUUGGCAUCUGUCUGGCACACUGUUUCCUUUUCUCCCACUACCUCUGCACAGAGAACACGGCAGCAGUGCUGAGGGGACGGUCAGCAGGGAGCAGCGCCUGUGCCCAGGGGGAGGCGCUCAGCAGACCGUGGGGUCAGUCUGUGGCACCCAGCGACUGUAGCUGUGGGGGCCGGGGUGCUAUCCUGGGUAUAGGAGCUCAGUUGCACAUACUUAGGAAGGAUGGUUAGCAGAUGGGAGUCUGGGCCCGCCCCACGGUACAGCUUUGUUUCUCCGUGGCACACUACUCAGUAUUGAACGGCAUUUCUGCCCUCUCUCUUGACCACCUGGAAGCCGGAACAGCUUCCCUGAGGCCUGAGCCAGCUGCCAUGAUUUGGGGUGAGCUAUGUAUGUAGCAUGCAACGAGUCUGAUCAUGGCCCCCCUGAACCCGGAACCCCAUGCUUUUCCAAUUACAGUACAAAGGGAAGAACACUUACCUGGAGAAGAUCGAUGGCUUCCGAGCUUAUUAUAAGCAAUGGCUGAAAGUGAUGCCAGCAGAGGAAACCCCCCACCCAUGGCAGAAGUUCCGAACCAGACCAAAGGGAGAGCAGGACAC